AUGGCACCAAAGGCAAGAGAGGAUUUGGUGGUUCCAUACAAGCAUGUCCCAGCUAAUACAAGAAAAGAUAUGGGAAACAUUUUAUCACAAUCGAUGCCUAUGGCCGCGAUGUUUAUGAAAAAUAAAGUAUUAGCAUGGGCAGCAGUUUUCUUGGCUGUACAAUCUUAUUUGAAUGAGCCAAUAAAUAGGCCCUUGACCGAUGGAAAUGAUAAACCUCAACAACCAGCUAUUUUACAAAUUCUAUUGGCAUUGAUUGCUGCAGGUACUUGUUAUAUGGAUCUUUUCUUUCCAAGUACCAAUCCUGCAUUGAGGAAAACUGUCAAAAUUGCCACAGAAACCGUAUCAGCUAUUUCUGCUACUGCUACUGAAACCAUAUAA